AGUUGGAGGCUGGCGGGGGGCGAAGAGAGAGUUGCAUGAUUCAACUUUUUCUUGCCGAGUUUCUGCCGCGCGGAGGCUUCCUCGCCUCCCUGCCCUCCUUUAGCGAGCUGAAGUGACGGUGCGGCGCGCGGAGUGGAGCGUCCUGAGGCGGCUGCGGCUCGCGUUCUUCUCCCGCACCCUGCUGCACACAAAGCCAUGGGGUUUAAGGAGCCCGGCGUGCCUUUGACCCUUCUCCUCUGGAUUACGGCUUCCUGGGGCUCCUUGCCUGGAGUAGCUGCCGCCGGCGGGGCUGGAGAGACUGCGGCGGCGGCGGCGGCGGCUCGUAGGCAGGACGACUCUUUCUCCGCGGCGAGUGUCUACGGAGCCAGAUGCACCUCCAGGUGCCUCAGCUUGCAGAUCACUCGCAUCUCUGCAUUUUUCAAGCAUUUCCAGAAUAAUGGUUCUUUGGUCUGGUGCCAGAAUCACAAACAAUGUUCAAAGUGUUUGGAGCCCUGCAAAGAAUCCUGGGACUUGAAGAAAAACCAUUGCCAAAGUUUCUGCGAGCCUCUUUUCCCCAAGAAGAACUAUGAAUGCCUAACUAGCUGUGAAUUCCUCAAGUAUAUCCUGUCGGUGAAGCAAGGAGACUGCCCAGCACCCGAGAAGGCCAGUGGCUUUGCGGCUGCCUGUGUGGAAAGCUGUGAGGCUGACAGUGAAUGCUCUGGCAUGAAAAAAUGCUGCUCCAAUGGGUGUGGACAUACGUGCCAAGUACCAAAAAAUCUGUACAAAGGUGUCCCUUUGAAACCCAGAAAGGAAUUAAAGUUUACUGAACUUCAGUCUGGACAGCUGGAAGUUAAAUGGUCUUCAAAAUUCAAUAUCUCAAUUGAACCUGUGCUCUAUGUAGUACAAAGGAGAUGGAACUAUGGAAUCCAUCCUAGCGAAGAUGAUGCUACUAGUUGGCAAACCGUGGCACAGACCACAGAUGAGAGAAUACAAUUGUCUGACAUCAGGCCUAGCAGGUGGUAUCAGUUUAGAGUGGCUGCCACUAAUGUACAUGGAACAAGAGGCUUCACAGCUCCCAGCAAGCACUUCCGCUCUUCAAAAGACCCAUCUGCGCCACCUGCCCCAUCUAAUCUCCGGAUUUCCAACUCUACUGUGAACAGUGAUGGAAGCGUAAGUGUAAGGAUUGUUUGGGAUCUCCCAGAGGAACCUGAUAUUCCAGUCCAUCACUACAAAGUCUUCUGGAGCUGGACGGUCCACAGCAAGGCACUCAUUCCAACUAAGAAGAAGAGAAGGAAGACUACUGAUGGGUCCCAGAAUUAUAUAGUCCUUGAAAGCCUCCAGCCCAACAGUAACUACAUGGUGGAACUGCAAGCAGUUACAUACUGGGGUCAAGUACGUCUGAAAAGUGCCAAGGUAUCUCUUCACUUCAGUUCUACUCAGACAGCUGUUAACAACAGAAGAAGACCCACUCGUCUUCUUGAAAUUGGAGUGCCUUUUUAUCAGGAUGAUCAGCUUCAGGUGAAAGUCUACUGGAAGAAGACAGAAGAUACUGGCAGCAGGAGCAGAUACCAUGUCCAAUGGUUUCCAGAAACUUGUGCGCACAAUGAUACAAAAGGGCCUGAAAAAUCCAAUGGAAUAACGUAUGAAAACUAUAUAAUUCUUCAGGAUCUGUCAUUUUCAUGCACGUACAAGGUUACAGUGCAGCCAGCAAGAUCCAAAGGCCGGUUGAAGAGUGAAAGCAUUUUCUUUAAUACUCCCCCUUGUUCUGAUUUUAAAGGGAAAAAGCAUAAACAUAUUAGCUGUCCUACUGAAGGAGCUCCAGUUGUCCCAAAAGUGUUAGCCAAGCCUGAGAAUCUCUCUGCAUCUUUCAUUGUUCAGGAUAUCAACAUUACUGGCCAUUUUUCCUGGAAAAUAUCAAAAGCAAAUCUCCACCAACCCAUGACAGGAUUUCAAGUUACAUGGGCGGAGGUUACAACAGAGAGCAGACAAAAUAGCUUGCCCAACAGCAUUAUUUCUCAGUCGCAGAUAUUGCCAGUAGAUCACUAUGUACUGACUGUGCCCAACCUGAGGCCAUCAACUCUUUACCGUUUAGAAGUGCAAGUUCUGACAACAGGUGGAGAGGGACCCGCUACAAUAAAAUCAUUCAGGACACCUGAUUUGCUGACAUCUCCACACAGACCUCAUCUGAAACAACAUCAUCCACAUCACUACAAGCCACCACCAGAAAAAUACUAGCUGAAAAAUAAUAUAAACUGUGUUUUCACAAAAAGAUAGGAAAUAUGCACAUAUAUUGGAGCAGUGAUCUGUAUCUAUGUUUCUGGUGGAUAUUCAUCCUGUAGAAUUCUGUAGAUAUAUCUACAUGAUAUGGAAGAUGGAAAGUAUGUUUGUACUAAUUCCAGGAUGAAGUAUGACAUGAAAGGAAAGUAUAUUUACAUAAUAGAAGCAUUCAGCAUCCAUGAAAAUUAAGAGUAUCUCAGCAUAGUGAUUUAUUAGCAUCAUAGCAUACAUUGUAUGGCUCUCAGUCUUUAUAAUUGUCAUUGGGUGGGUUUUUUGUGUUUUAUAUUCAGAAUUUUAAACAUUGUUUAAAAUGAGUUUUAAACAAAGGAUUUAAAUGCCAUUUUUUGGUGAAACUGUUAUUAGCUUGCUUCAUUUAACAAAUCCCGUCUAAUAUAAAUUGCCAUAACAAGCAUAACUUGGUACUAAACACAAAUUCCAUAUUUUGAUUGGUUUUUAUGAAAUCCACAUUGGCACAUAGGAACAGAUAGAAGAAAUACCAAAUAUAUUGUUUUGGGCAAUACGGUGUCUGUAUGUUACAUUGAAUGCUCCAAAUUAGGUGAAUGUUUAAUAUUCACAUGUGAUGCAUUGGCGAAAAGUCAGUGCCAGUGGCAGCUGGUGAAGCCUGCUGCAGCAGGGGCAGUGAGGGCAAUGGGAUCUAAGUUUAAAAGAAAGUAAACUCAUCUGCCGCCAGCACCCAGCAUACUGCUGGAACCGGCGGCACCUGACCCAGCAUCCCACAGGGAGGCUUCCCCACCGCUGCAGAUCUGCUGGCCUCUGUAGAUGCUAUUUGAGGGGUUACCAAAGCUAGUUUUGCCUGCUCAGCUCUCAAACUGUUUCCGUGCAUGUGCUGAGGCAAGGCAGCCUUCCCACCAGAUGCUGGGUUGAGCACUGCUGGUUCUUUUAGUAUGUCGGGUGCUGGUGAAAGGUAAGUUUUCAUUUAAAGGUAUAUCAUGCCAUCUGCAGCACCCCCCUGUGGCAGAUUUCACCGGCCUCCACUGGUCAGUACAUUUGUGAAUGCCCACUGCCAGAUAUUUACAUAGGACUGUCAACAUACAGAUGGCCAAUGUUAUGGAGUUGAUUUGGUUUGAAAACCAUAUCCCAAUAAAAUCUAUUAAUAUGUUGAUAUUUUCAGCAACUCUUCACAUUGGGAGCUAUAAAUUACUUAAAUAAUUGGGAUAGCUGAAACUGGUGGAUUGUAGAAGUUUAUGUGAAAGCACCUUAGGUUGUGGAUUAUGACCAUACAUCAUUAAGUGUCACCUAGGUAAAACCUUUAAAAAUCUAAGUAUGCAGUCCAUUGAUUCAUUCAUUCAUUCAUUCGAUUUCUGUACCGCCCUUCCAAAAAUGGCUCAGGGCAGUUUACACAGAGAAAUAAUAAAUAAAUAAGAUGGAUACCUGUCCCCACAGGGCUCACAAUCUUAAAAAAGAAAAAGAAAAAGAUAGACACCAGCAACAGUCACUGGAGAUACUGUGCUGGGGGUGGAUAGGGCAAGUUAUUCUGCCCCUGAUAAAUAAAAGAGAAUCACCACGUUAAAAGGUGCUUCUUUGCCAAGUUAGCAGGGGUUCAAAGGUGCUUCUUUGCCAAGUUAGCAGUUCAGUCCUUUAGCGAUAUAUCUCAUUUUAAGAGGUUGUCUGUCACAUGCAUUUUAGCUAGCAAGGAUCCUCAUUCUAAUGCUUAACAACUAACCAACUUAACCAAAAGGAACAUACUUACCUGUAUCCAGAAAUGUGCAUUAUGCACUUCAGUCUGCCAUAGCUUUCCAGUUCAUUUCAUUAUGACAGUUCUGGGCAUGCAAAAAGGUGUUUGUACAAAUCCAUUCUGUCUGUGAAAACAAAUAUAGAAGCCCACCCACAGAGAAGAGCUCCAUUUCAUUACAUGUGGAGUUCAGAUUGAUAUAAAGAAUUACUUGUGUUCUUAAAUAUUCCAUUAUUUUUUUCAUUUAUAGAACAAAGUAACACUGCUGAGGACUUUCAGUGCCUAAUUUAAAAAAAAUCUUCUUUAGUGAACUAUACAAGGAGAACCACAGUCAAAUUUUAGUCAAACAUCUUUCAACAACGCAAUUCUGGGUCACAGUUUGAAAUCUUGUGAUAAUCUUUUUAUUUCAUCUGUUUUGCUUUAUGAACCAGAUUUAAUAUGUAUGAUGGAAAGUUUAUACGUAGGUGCCCUGUAUAUUCAUGUGCACAUACUGUAGGUCAACUAAUAUACAGUUUUGAAUAAUUAAAUCCUGUAUGAAAUAACAGCUGGGUUCAGACACAAUGCAAGAUUAUGGUUUGUUUUACUUAACCAUGGCUUUAUAUUAUGCCUGUAUCAAAGCCUGCCCAUAUACUGUGGUUUGUGUGGGAUUAAUAAUCCAGGAUAUGAAACCAUAGUUUGAAGAUGGUUUAAAAACCCCAAUCUGUGCUAACUGUGGUUGUUGUGUCUGAAUUCACAUGCAAUUACUGUUAGAACUAUUACAUCACCUUCACUACUGCUGCUGUACCACGAAGAUGGAAAUGUCUUUAUGAACUUACAAAGCUGAGUCCUGAAUAACUACAAAAGAAAAGCAGACAAACUGCUCUAAACAUGAUGGUUUGGUUUCUUAACAAUGGCUAGCAAAAACAGUUUCACAUUAUGUCUGAUCCCAACCUAUAUUUUGUCCCUUCGUAGUGGAAAAUUACAUGAUCAUUAGACUUUUCAUCAUAUUUACUUUUAGCAAUAGAAGUAUUCAUCAUGUUUUACUACAACUAAUGUGUUGUACUAAUUUGAUAAAGGAAAGGCAAGAUCAUACUAAUAUAGGAAUGUUCUGGAAACAGAGUUGUCCUUGAGUUACUCAAUAGGCAUUUAUGUGGCUUGAGAGCAAUCAUAGUAGUAGCUGGUGCAUGAAGGUCUGACUCAUUCUUUCAGAGGGUUUAUACAUAUUCAUCAACUCACUACAGCAUGUUCAUCAACUUACUACAUGCAUGCAGCAGCCAUCACCACCAAACACUACAGAUGUAGACCUUUCAUAUCACUGAACAUUUAUCUCAGUCAUUGGGUUUGGUCUCAUGGAUGGCUCAGGUAUAAAGUAUCAAGAUGGUGAUAUGUGUGUUGAAUUAGCACUCAGUGCUCUAUAAAUGGGGAUUGUUUUUUCUUAGUAACUCUAAAGGAAACAGGGCAGACCCGUAUGCACAUUGAGACCAGAUCUUUCUAGUUCAACGUUUAUAGGCUAUUCACACUGGGAUCUUGAUUUCCUUACUGCCCCAUCAGAGAGAGAAUGCCACCAUUUUCACAUUGUUGUGAAUGCAAUGCUUUUCAGCACAGUCUGUUUGCCCAGUCUGCUACAAGUAAUUGAUGUUUAAUGAAUGAUGAGGUUUUAUCACCUUGAAUGAUUGAACUACCCUGAACCCAACGAACAAAAUUUCCUGGAUUCCUGUACUGGGUGCAACAGUUGCAUGGAUGCUUAAAUUGCAUUGAAGUCACUGAGAAGUAUUCAGAAUAUCAGCUACUUACAAUUAGUCCAGAGGGACAGGACAGGGGACCAAAAGGUUUCAUUCCAAUGUGUUAUCACUUUUAAAACAGACUUCCACCCAUUUAUCUAUAAAGGCAAUUGUGAUACUAACUUAUUUAUUUUCCCCUAAAUGUAAGAUUUUUCUUUUACUUAACCUUUUUUUGUUGAGUGUUAUUAAAUCUUGUUUAAUACCUGUGGACCAUACAUGUCAUAUACACCUGUACAUUGUAACCCCAGAAUAUGGUGCUUAUAAUUUGUUGCAUGUUUUUAAAAAAAAGAAAAUUCAAGAAUUUAUUUAAAAAAGUAAAUUAAUAACUGCAGAUGUUGAUGGAUCUAUAUGGUUUUGCAUGCCAAAACUCAUAAUUCAGUUAUAGGCAUGAAUUGUAUGGCUGUAUUACCUCUAUUGAAUAUAUUAGUAAGUUACAAUUUACAGAGUAAUUAACAGAGGUUCUAUAUGUAAAAAAAAAAAAUCCUUUGUAUGUAAUUAUAUUGUAGUGUGAAGAUAACAGAACUGCUUACCUGUUAACUAAAUUGGCUGUAGAAAUCAUGGUCUUAUAACAGUCAUUUAAAAGUCAGUAUUUAUUUAUAUAUGUUAUACAGAAGAGGGUUGAUUUGUCUGUGUGUGUGUUUCAUGUUACAUAGAGAGAAUAAUGCUUCUUGUAAAAACAUUUUGUAAAAAAAAAUAUUGUAAAUAGUCUGCUGCUCUGUUCCUCAUUACUUUCAUGUUUAGAUUUUGUACAUAUGUUUAAGUAAUAAACUACCCUUCUAUAUAGAAA